UUUUGAGAUAUUAGUUCCUCUGCGGACAUGCCACAGCGUGUGUGUAUAUAAUGUUGGAGACUGCCUACGAGCUGUGAGCAGAGGAGGAGGGCAGCAGCGGGGGGUGGCCAUAGGCCCUGAGCCCUGCUCGUUGAGUUUCCGAUCGGCUCAAUCCCGGAUUAGUUCACUGACGGAGAUGCUUCUGAGCGUUUGCCAAAUCAGGUCUCGCUGCUGCACCCACGUAACACCACAGCACGCAGUGAACUGGACGGACAGCUGAGCGAUGGAGGCGUUCGCUGAAAGUUUUCCCUCGCAAGACAGUGAGCAGGACCACGACCUGGCUGAGAGUCGACUUUCCUACAGGAACGCAGAGCAGAGAGGCUUUACUUCAAAGCCCUUUGUGACCUUUGCAGAACCCAUUGUGCAAGCUCGCCAGGACGUUGCUGUUUUUACUGUAUAGGGUAUUUAUAACAGCAGCAGAUCAAGAGACUCCUGAGGUGAAUUCCUCCCAGGGAAUGUUUCCGUUGCUCCCGGGGGGACGAGCCAAGCUGUCGCACACUCUGCCUGAAUCCAGAGGGGAGCAGCAUGUUAACCACAAGGCACCGCUCAAGCUUAAAAAACCCAGUGCUGCUGCUUUCAGGGGACAUAAGCAGCCGCGAGCCAGAGAGAUAACCUGGUCUCCCAUUAGCAGGUCCCUGGAUGCCCCGCGGCGCACCGUCCUCGGCCACGCAGUGCUUUCUAAUGGCCGGGAGUUGACCCCACCCACCAGGAUGACGCUGCGCGAGCAGCUGAGAGAGAAGAUCUCGGCGGCCUUCUACCGCCACGGGCUGCUGUGCGCCUCCUACCCAGUACCCAUCAUCCUCUUCACCUCCGCCAGCAUCCUCACCUGCUGCUAUCCGUUAUUGAGGCUUCCCCUGCCUGGGACGGGUCCUGUGGAGUUCACCACAGGGGUGCGAGACUACAGCGUCCCUUCCCAUGAGCCCCAGGGAGACCUCGGAGAACGGCCCGACUGGUACCGGGGCCCUCCGGUUGCCUACAUCCAGCAGGUGUUGGUGAAGGCGGCGGUGUCUCCGUGGGACAGCAGCCUGGUGACGGUGGACGUGUUUCGGUCGCCGCUGAGUCGAGCUUUUAGCCUGCUGGAGGAGAUCCGUAACCACGUUCACUCCGACAGCUCCGGGAUUCGCAGUCUGGAGACGCUGUGUCUCCAGGUGACAGGCCUGUUUCCAGGCUUGCGGCGGAUGCAGUCGGUGCUGCCAGAGCACGGCUGCCUGCUCGUUUCUCCCGGCAACUACUGGCAGAACCAGCGGGAGCUGUUCGACUCGGACCCCGAUCUCCUCAAGACCAUCCAGAAACAUGAACCGAAAGGCCUGCACACCUCGGCUACGCUGCGAGACCUGCUGUUUGGCGUCCCUGGAAAAUACACUGGGGUCAGUCACUACAACAGGAAGAGGGUGGUUACAUACACAAUCACUCUUGUGUUGUCCAGCUACGAUGCAAGGUUCUUGGGCAGCCUGCGGGCCCGUCUGAAGCAACUCCACCCGUCAGCCAACUGCAGCUUGAGAGACGACCACAUGGUUCACGUCCACUUCAAAGAGGAGAUCGGCAUCGCUGAGCUCAUCCCCCUCGUCACCACAUACAUCAUCCUUUUUGCCUACAUCUACUUCUCCACACGUAAGAUUGACAUGGUGAAGUCAAAGUGGGGUCUGGCUCUGGCUGCCGUGGUGACGGUCCUCAGCUCUCUGCUCAUGUCUGUUGGACUAUGUACCCUGUUUGGACUGACACCCACGCUCAAUGGAGGUGAGAUUUUUCCUUACCUGGUGGUGGUGAUCGGCCUGGAGAACGUCCUGGUCCUCACCAAGUCCGUGGUGUCCACCCCUGUCGACCUUGAGGUCAAACUCCGCAUCGCUCAGGGCCUUAGUAAUGAGAGCUGGUCUAUCAUGAAGAACAUGGCCACUGAACUGUGCAUCAUCCUCAUUGGGUAUUUCACUCUGGUGCCAGCUAUUCAGGAGUUCUGUCUGUUUGCUGUUGUGGGGCUGGUGUCUGACUUCUUCCUGCAGAUGUUCUUCUUCACCACAGUACUAUCCAUUGACAUCCGACGCAUGGAGCUGGCCGACUUGAACCGCCGGCUGCCAGCCGAAGCAGGACUACCGCCACCCAAGCCUGGCCCGCUGCGCCCACGCGAGGUCCCCCCACCACCACGACCCUCCCCACACACAAUCACCCUGCAGACCCCGGCCUUCAGGAACCUGAGGCUUCCCAAGAGGCUGCGUGUGGUGUACUUCCUGGCCCGCACUCGCCUGGCGCAGCGCAUUAUCAUGGUUGGCACGGUCAUCUGGAUCGGCAUCCUCGUCUACACCGACCCGGCCGGAAUACGCACGUACCUGGCCGCACAGGUGUCUGAGCAAAGCCCUCUGGGAGAUCCCGGUGGAGGUGGUCUGCCCCCUCACCUGGGAGUAGCCCCCGUGUUUCGUGCAGGAGAUCCUACCAGCACCCUCAGCAUUCACCCUGCACCAGAUCCAACUCCCUUACCUGAGAACCAGUCACAGGGCCACCAUGGCUCAGCCAGGGCAGGGCCCCUCCCCCAGGCUCCACCCGCUGUGCCCCAGAUCACCUGGGGGGCGGAGGACGAGGAGGGCUGGAGGAGGCUCUCCUUCAGGCACUGGCCAUCGCUCUUCAGCUACUACAACAUCACUUUAGCCAAGAGAUACAUCAGCAUCCUGCCUGUCAUUCCCGUCACCGUUCACGUGAGUCCCCAGGAGGCCAUUGAGACACGUCACCCCCAGGACACCAGACACCCCCCUCCACCCAUUCCCAAAGUCUCUGCAGAUCUACAGACGGACCUCACCCUCUACAAGGUGGCAGCUCUGGGCCUGGCGGCGGGGGUCCUGCUGGUUCUGCUGCUCUUCUGUCUCUACCGGGUUCUCUGCCCACGUAACUACGGCCAGAACGGCGUCGCUCAUGGGCGCCGGCGCCGAGGGGACCUUCCCUGCGACGAUUACGGCUACUCGCCACCCAUCAGCGAGAUCUCACCACUGCUGCUGAGGGGCCACAGUAUGGACAUCGAGUGUUUGGCCAGUGACGGGAUGCUGCUGGCUAGCUGCUGUCUGGCGGGGCAGAUUCGGGUCUGGGACGCCCAGACUGGUGACUGUUUGACCGUCAUCCCAAACCACGGGCUCAGACGUAGCAGCAGCAGCAGUGGCUGCUGGGAGCAGCGGGAUGGCUGGGACAGCGUGGGCGGAGCCACGGAGACAGAGUGUUUAGGCUCUGAAGCUCGCGGUCAGGCCAUCAGUGGUGAUGGCCUAUCAGAGGAGGAGGACGGCUACCCGCUGAGGCGCCGCACCGCUCCCGCCCGGCCGACUCUAUUCACCGACCAGCCCGAUCUCACACCGCUCAUUGACACAAACUUCACCUCCCAGCCCCCCUCCCACCUCUCCCCUCCACCCAGAGAAGGCUUUGACUUUGGAGGUCUGGUGGAGCGGGCCUACAUGGAGCACGAGCCCCCUUCACCCUCCACCUACCCCUCACCUUCCUCUGCCUCCUCCUCGCCGCCCUCAGGAGCUCAGCUCCAGAGGAGACCCAGCUUAGGAGAUGCAGCUGCAUUCUUAACCCAGGAGAGAGCUUCCACAGCAGGGACGCAGGCAACAGCAGACUGGGAAAGCUCCGUCUGGGCCAUGGAGCUGAGAGGAAACCUGAUAGCUGCCGGGAGGAGCAGCGGUAAACUGGAGUUGUGGGACGCAGUGGAAGGCUCGUUACGCUGCAGUAAUGAAGACGGAGUGUCUGGGAUCACAGCUCUAGCCUUCCUCAACAACAGAAUCGUAGCGGCUCGGCUGAACGGGUCUCUGGACUUCUUCACUGUUGAGAUCAACAAACCUCUGUGUCUGCUGCAGUACAGAGGUGCCCCUGGGCGAGGCAGCAUGCCUCCGUCUCCCUGUUACAGCAGCGAGGAUGUGAUCAGCUGCCAGCUCACGCGCUCGGUACAGUGCGCUCACCAGAAGCCGAUCACGGUGCUGCGAGCGGCCGCCGGGAGGGUCGUCACCGGUAGCCAGGACCACACUGUCCGGAUUUAUCGUCUAGAGGACUCGUGUUGCCUCUUCACCCUGCAGGGUCACUCUGGAGGGAUCACAGCCAUUUACAUAGACCAGACGAUGGUUCUGGCGAGCGGUGGGCAGGACGGCGCCAUCUGCCUGUGGGACGUCCUGACAGGGAGCCGCGUCAGCCACGUUUACGGUCACCGAGGAGACGUCACCUCGCUGGUCUGCACCAACUCUUGUGUCAUCAGCUCGGGACUGGAUGACCUCAUCUGCAUCUGGGACCGCAGCACUGGGAUCAAACUCUACUCCAUACAGCAGGAGGUGGGUUGCGGGGCCAGUUUGGGAGUGAUCUCCGAGUCUCUCCUGGUGACGGGGGGCCAGGGCUGCGUCUCCUUCUGGGACCUGAACUUCGGCGACCUGCUGCAGACCGUCUACCUGGGCCAGAGCAGCGACGGCCAGGGCGUCCGGCAGCUGCUGGUGCUCGACAACGCCGCCAUCGUCUGCGACUUCGGCAGCGAGCUCAGCCUGGUUUACGUGCCCUCGGUGCUGGAGAAACUAGACUGAGGAGAGAAGGGUAGCUGCAGCCGUGGGAGCACUCUUAAAAAAAAAAAAAACAUGCACUCUGAACAUCAUUGUCUUCAUCAUUUUGACUUUUUUUUUUUGGCUUACUUUUUCUGUUUCUGAAACCCAAAGGAAACACGACCAUUAGUCCGGUUUCCAUGUGCAUCUCUCUUUCUUUUGUUGAUGUUUUAAGUACAAGCCUGGAUGUAACGAGGAAAAAAACGCUGAGGACUGAUUGUGCAACCUGCUGCAUUUUAUGGGAGGGGGGCGGUGACAGACCCUCGAUACCCAAGUGUUGACAUUUACGAGGGUCACAAGGUUCAAGAGAAGCUGGAUGUUUCUCACGUAAAGAGAAUCCACAAGUCACCAGUUUGUGCUUUCUGUGUGUGCGUUUGUUUGUUUUGUGGCUCUGCCCUCUAUGCUGCUGAUACGGGUGGGGCUUCACGGUAACCCCACCCGCCCAGAGAGGAAGAUAAAACUGUCUCCUUAUUUUUUAAUAUUCCUGCUGCCUCUUUCGCUCGACAGCGAAGUGCAGCCACAGCGAGCUUGGCGGCUCUACGGCCUGUCGGGAUGAGCUGCGCAGUUCUACAUUAAUGUGAGUGUGUGUGUGUUGGAGACUGAAUGAAUUUAGGCCCUUUUUUUUAUUGCAAAACACUGCUGAGAACAAAAAUGGAUUGGAUAUGUGUGAAAAGUGUGCGUAAGGGAGAACUGAUGAUUACUGUAAAAAGUAAACCUCCAGAGGGGGCUGUUUUUAUAUGUAUAAAUCUAUUAUUUAUUAGCGAUACCUUUUUUUGAAUAACAUUUUGUUUAUGAAUGGCUAAUCCCGGCUCCUAAACAAGAAUAUAGUAAUGUGGAAAUAAUAACAUAAAUGUAAGAUGGUGAUUAUUUGUUUGGCAGGGUUGGGGCAUUGGUUAUGUAACGAUGAUUUAUAAUAUUGAACUGGAAACACUGAAGUGUUUGUUGUUAUGGAGUUUGGGGGGGCUGCAGGAGAAAAGGUUCCUCCUUUCGUCCCAGCCUCAGCCUCUAAUUCUGGGGUUACUGAUGCGGUACAAGGAGCAGCUCCUGUGUGCUACACCUUCAUCAGGCUACCUCCAUUUUUUUCCAAACUGCUUGAAUUUUGGAUGAGAAUACUGACGUCACGUCGUAUUUUUUUUUUUUUAUAAAUUGUGCCCUUUAAGAGAUUUAUUUUAAAACUCAUUGUUUACUGUAACUGUUUCAACUUAAACCAUUUCCAAUCCAGGAUUUUCAUUUUGGCCACAACGUGUUGUUGAUGCAAACUUAAGUGGAGUCUGUUGUAAAACCUGUCCGCCUCUUUCUGCAGCCAGUGAAAAUGUGAAGAACGGCAACAAAUAGUCAAAGUCAAUAUAUCCAGCAGCUGAUCAUUUAGAGACUCCAAACUACCUGAAGACUUGGUGUCUCUUUUAAAAAAACCUUGGCUGUUUUAAUGCCCCUAAAAAGUUGUGAGGAGAUCUUCGAUACUAAACAUUUCCACAUGCUUUACCUUAUAUACACAACUCCAAACAGUGCCAAUAAGCACCAGUUAUUCAGUCUUACAGAGAAUUUACUACAAGCCAAGACAGAAAUAAGAGCACGCAGCAACAGGCGAAGAAAUAUCUGUUGCUUAUUGUGAUUGGUUGGAGAAGCGUAUUUAUUGUGAAGAUGUUUGAUUGAAGAAACCGUGUUGGAGCUGGUUCUGCUACAUUUAUUUUCUCUCUUUAUAAAUGACACUGGUAUAAAAUUCUGUGGACAGGUCCAACAAAUUCACUGGUAUUCUUCUGUAAAAUAAUUUCUCUAAUUUGAGUAUUUUAAUAAUUAAUCAAAUUUUACUAGAAUCCCAACUGACUAGCUCAAUUUCAAAACAUUGAUGUCAUUGAUAAAGUAUCUAGUCAGCGCCUGAACUUCACCCCUUUACUCUGAAUACCCGCUGAAAGAAUGUCGUCGUCCAGGUUUAAGCCUUUUCCCUGACUGACCACAACAUCCAGAAUGUAUUUUCUCCAGAUCAGCCACCAUCUGCUGUAGCUGCGUCUACUGAAUGUCGUCCCAGAAGGUGUGAGAAACGAAUCCGUUAAAAACCAGCGACUCAAUCCUUCACAGUAUCACUAAUUCAAUGCACUACUAACCCUCUCUGACGCGCAUGCUCACACACGUUAGGCACUUUUUCAAACGUCGGCUUACUCAUAGAAAAUGUGGACAUAACUAGACGCCUGCAGCAACUAGUAAACACGCACACUGCAGAAAUAUGUCGAGGAGGCAGCUUAUAGGUCUGGUUAAACUGGGAUCGAUGCAGGGACCAAGUAGUUUGCAAGCAGCUGAAGAUUUUUCAAUUUGAACUUGAAGAGACACCUGCGUCCCACAGAAACCAGACCUGUGACAUCCUUGGCAUUGUAACCUGUUAAUUUAUUAGCUUUGUGUUCUCUGUUGAACACGUUAGUCGAAGAAAGCUUUAGGAAUGGGAAAAUGUGUAGCUAGUUUUUAGAUUUUUUUUUUUUAAACUUGUGUUUUCUAGCAAUGUGAAUUUGAUUUAUAGCAAAAGUUUGGCAUUUGGGGAAAUGUGCUUACACUUAUUCACUGUCUGGCUGAGUUAAAUGAGAACAUUCAUACCACUCCGCUCAAUAUUUGGCUACCAGCAGGCGGUUACCUUAACACUGGAAACAGCUAGUCUGGUUCUGUUCAAUGUAACAAAAUCAACCUGACGUUAAUUAACACGUUGACUAUGCCUUGUUUAGGUAAGAACGACUAAUAGACCAUUUUGGGGGGGGUUUCUUGGCUCUGAACAGUUGCCGGGCAAUAAGAAGAAUGAAUCGGCAUUUUUACACGUAUGUGCUGAUUAACAAACGAGAUAUAAUGUGUUAAUUAACGUUAGUUAGCUUAAGAAGUGCUGGUCACCGACUCACCAUUCUAUAGAUCCAGGCUGCUUGCCCCCCCCCACGUUUCCAGUCUUUGUACUAAGCCAACCUCCUGCUGAAGACGGAUAUGAAAGUGGUAUUGGUCUUCUCAUCUCGCAGAAAGCGAAUGAAAUCAUUUCCCAAAAUGUCGAACUAUUCCUUUAAGGAGGGAAGGAGGGAGGGUUGCUGUGGCAGUUUCAGCUGAACCUUCGCUUACUUUGAAUGUUCUGGUUCAUCACAUGCGGACUUGGCCUUAUAACAAUCCAUAUCCAACAGUCGGUUCAUGAAUAUGGUUCUGUCCGACUCAUGACAGUCAGCCGUGCUUCAAACAUACCUUUUCAUCCCGUCAGUGUACCAUAUCAAACGUUUGUGGAUGCAGCCCUGUCAUCCUCACUGUAACGGCAGAACUCUGAUAUUUAAGGCUUUGUGGUCCACAUCUGAUCCCCCGCCGGCUGCCUAAACAAGCAGAAAUCAAGUUUCUCGUUGUUUAGACAGCUGUGGGAGAAAAAACAGAUCUCAGUGAAGUCUGUAAAUCCCCAGAUCUGCUCCUUUCUCCCCUUCUAGCCUCCACCCUUCAUUGGCUGGCUACGAUCUACACAGGCUGUAGUAGUGGAGGUAACUUAUUUACUAUUUUGUAACACACACAAAAAAAAAA